UUCUGAGGUGCCCGGAGGUGCGCAGGUGCUCCCCGGGGCUGUGGUGUUGUCAGCUGGCGAGAGGAACUCUCAGCCUCAGGCACCUGCUGAGCAACAGGAGCAGUGGAGACAGACAGAGCAAGAGACUAACAAGGAGCAGUGAGCCAAAAGGCACAGAGGAGGAAGGGGUUAAGGAAAAGAGGAUCUUUCCACGGGUCAGAUUCAUUUAGUUGGAGGUGGUGGACAUAUCAACACAGGCAUGCUAGCAAGCCUCUUAUACAAGGAAAAGAGAAGGAAUUGACAUUUACAGGAUGAAAAGAUGGCAACAUUGCCUCCCCCAGGACCUGAGAGCUUCGUCUUCUUCACCAGACAAUCUCUUGAACUCAUUGAACAACGCAUUUCAGAAGGGAAAUCUAAGGAACCUAAAGAGGAGAAAACAGAUGAAGAAGAAGAAGGCCCAAAGCCAAGUAGUGACUUGGAAGCUGGUAAACAGCUUCCAUUUAUUUAUGGAGAUAUUCCUCCAGGAAUGGUGUCAGAGCCCUUGGAAGAUAUGGACCCAUACUACAUGGAUAAAAAUACGUUCAUAGUAUUGAAUAAAGGGAAAACAAUUUUCCGAUUCAGUGCCACCCCUGCCUUGUAUAUUUUAACACCUUUCAACCUGAUUAGAAGAAUUUCUAUUAAGAUUUUGGUUCAUUCCUUAUUCAGCAUGCUCAUCAUGUGUACUAUCCUCACUAACUGUAUAUUUAUGACAUUGAGUAGCCCUCCAGACUGGACAAAGAAUGUUGAGUAUACUUUUACGGGAAUAUAUACUUUUGAAUCACUGGUAAAAAUCCUUGCAAGAGGCUUCUGUAUAGGACCAUUUACUUUCCUUCGUGAUCCCUGGAACUGGCUUGACUUCAUUGUCAUUUGUUUUGCGUUUUUAACAGAAUUUGUAAACCUAGGCAAUGUUUCAGCUCUUCGAACUUUCAGAGUCUUGAGAGCUUUGAAAACUAUUUCUGUAAUCCCAGGCUUGAAGACUAUUGUGGGGGCUCUGAUCCAGUCAGUGAAGAAGCUUUCAGAUGUCAUGAUCCUGACUCUGUUUUGUCUCAGUGUAUUUGCUCUCAUUGGACUACAGCUGUUCAUGGGCAACCUGAGGCAUAAGUGUGUGCGCUGGCCUCUAGAAGAUAAAAAUAUCACGAUAGAAAACAUAAGUGUUCUUUGUGAUUUGGAAGAUUACAGAAGCUAUUUCUAUCAUUUGGAAGGACAAAAAGAUGCUCUUCUUUGUGGUAAUAGCACCGAUGCAGGCCAGUGUCCAGAAGGAUAUAGGUGCGUGAAAGCCUGUACCAAUCCAGAUUAUGGCUACACAAGCUUUGACACUUUCAGUUGGGCCUUCUUGGCCUUAUUUCGUUUAAUGACUCAAGAUUUCUGGGAAAAUCUUUACCAACAGACCUUACGUGCUGCUGGGAAGACAUACAUGAUAUUUUUUGUUGUGGUGAUUUUCUUGGGCUCAUUCUAUCUGAUAAACUUGAUCUUGGCUGUAGUUGCCAUGGCCUAUGAAGAACAGAAUCAGGCAACUAUUGAAGAAGCUCGGCAAAAAGAGUUGGAAUUUCAGCAGAUGUUAGACCGGCUUAAAAAAGAACAAGAGGAGGCAGAGGCAAUAAUAGCAGCAGCAGAUGAGUAUACAAGUAUUGGUGGAGGCAAAGUUAUGGGACUUUCAGAAAGUUCUUCUGAAACAUCCAAACUGAGCUCAAAGAGUGCUAAAGAAAGACGUAAUCGAAGGAAGAAAAAGAAUCAGAAAAAACAGUCCAGUGGGGAUGAAAAGAGAGACAAUGAAAAAUUAUCUAAAUCUGAAUCUGAUGAGAGUAUCAGGAAAAAAAGUUUUCACCUGGGUGUUGAAGGACAUAAACUAGCUCGAGAAAAGAGGAUGUCUUCUCCCAAUCAGUCCCCCCUUAGCAUUCGUGGCUCCUUACUGUCUGCAAGACGCAGCAGUAGAACAAGUCUUUUUAGCUUCAGGGGCCGAGGAAAGGAUCUUGGAUCUGAGACUGAAUUUGCCGAUGAUGAGCACAGUAUUUUUGGAGACAAUGAAAGCAGAAGAGGUUCUCUGUUUGUGCCACACAGGCACAGAGAGCGACGGAGUAGUAACAUCAGCCAAGCCAGUAGGUCUCCUCGGAUGCUCCCAGUAAAUGGCAAGAUGCACAGUGCUGUCGACUGCAAUGGUGUGGUGUCCCUGGUUGAUGGUCCUACAGCCCUCAUGCUGCCUAAUGGACAGCUUUUGCCAGAGGUGAUAAUAGAUAAGGCAACUUCUGAUGACAGUGGCGGGACAACUAAAAUAGAUCCAAAUAAAAGAAGAUCAAGUUCUUUCCAAAUUUCUAUGGAUAUGCUGGAUGAUCCCACUGUCAGACAAAGAGCACUGAGCAUAGCCAGCAUAAUAACAAAUACAAUGGAAGAACUUGAAGAAUCCAGACAGAAAUGUCCACCUUGGUGGUAUAAAUUUGCUAACACUUUUCUCAUUUGGAAUUGCUCACCAAGGUGGCUGAAAUUCAAAAAGUUCAUCCAUUUAAUUGUGAUGGAUCCAUUUGUUGAUCUUGCCAUUACUAUUUGCAUAGUUUUAAAUACAUUAUUUAUGGCCAUGGAACAUUACCCAAUGACUGAAGGAUUUAAAAAUAUGCUUACUGUGGGGAAUCUGGUCUUCACUGGGAUUUUUGCUGCAGAAAUGGUUUUAAAGAUAAUUGCCAUGGAUCCAUAUGAGUAUUUCCAAGUUGGCUGGAACAUUUUUGACAGUGUCAUUGUAACCCUUAGUUUAGUGGAGCUUUUCCUAGCUGAUGUGGAAGGAUUGUCUGUACUCCGUUCAUUCAGAUUGCUACGGGUUUUCAAGUUGGCAAAAUCUUGGCCAACACUGAACAUGCUGAUAAAGAUUAUUGGUAACUCCGUGGGGGCUCUGGGAAACCUGACCUUGGUGUUGGCCAUCAUUGUCUUCAUUUUUGCUGUGGUCGGCAUGCAGCUUUUUGGCAAGAGCUACAAAGAAUGUGUCUGCAAGAUCUCCAGUGACUGUGAACUUCCACGCUGGCACAUGAAUGACUUUUUUCACUCCUUCCUAAUUGUAUUCCGAGUGCUGUGUGGAGAAUGGAUAGAGACUAUGUGGGACUGUAUGGAGGUGGCAGGUCAAUCGAUGUGCCUCAUUGUUUACAUGAUGGUCAUGGUGAUUGGGAACCUUGUGGUACUGAACCUUUUUCUGGCUUUGUUAUUGAGCUCAUUUAGUUCAGAUAAUCUUACAGCAAUUGAAGAAGAUACAGAUGCAAAUAAUCUUCAGAUCGCAGUGGUGAGAAUCAAAAAGGGAAUAAAUUACAUUAAAAAAACUAUCCGUGAGCUCAUUCAAAAAGCAUUCGUUAACAAACCAAAAAUUUCAAAUGAGAUCCGAAAAGUGGAUGAUCGUAAUAUUAAGAAGGAAAAUUACAUAUCCAACCGUACACUUGCUGAAAUGAGCAAAGAUCAACAUUUCCACAUAGAUCGAGAUGGGACCAGUGGUUUUGGGAGCAGCAUGGAAAGAUACAUGAUGGAGGAGAGUGACUGCCAGUCUUAUAUUCACAAUCCCAGCCUCACAGUCACCGUACCAAUUGCACAGGGAGAAUCUGAUUUUGAAAAUGUAAAUACUGAAGAAUUUAGCAGCGAGUCAGAUGUUGAGGGCAGCAAGGAGCGAGUACAUCGAUCUAGCUCCUCUGAAGGCAGUACAAUUGAUAAUGCUAUCCCUGAGGACAGAGAAGAAGCAGUGGCUGAACCCGAAAAUUCAGAUGAGCCAGAGGCUUGUUUUACAGAUGGUUGUGUACGAAGGUUUCCCUGCUGUCAAGUCAGUGUAGAAUCUGGCAAUGGAAAAGUUUGGUGGAACAUAAGAAAAACCUGCUAUCGAAUAGUAGAACACAAUUGGUUUGAGAGUUUCAUUGUCCUCAUGAUCCUUCUCAGCAGUGGUGCUUUGGCUUUUGAAGAUAUAUACAUUGAACAGAGAAAAACCAUUAAGACUGUAUUGGAAUAUGCUGACAAGAUAUUCACUUAUGUCUUCAUUCUGGAAAUGCUGCUAAAAUGGGUAGCAUAUGGUUAUAAAGUAUAUUUUACAAAUGCCUGGUGCUGGCUGGACUUCUUGAUUGUUGAUGUAUCUAUAAUUACUCUUGUAGCCAGUACCCUUGGAUACUCGGAUCUUGGUCCCAUUAAAUCCCUUCGGACACUAAGAGCUUUAAGACCACUCAGAGCUUUAUCUCGAUUUGAAGGAAUGAGGGUAGUGGUGAAUGCUCUUUUAGGAGCAAUUCCAUCCAUUAUGAAUGUACUACUGGUCUGCCUCAUAUUCUGGCUAAUUUUUAGCAUAAUGGGAGUAAAUUUGUUUGCUGGCAAGUUCUAUGAGUGCGUUAACACCACAAAUGGCGAGAGGUUUCCUGUAACCGUGGUGGAGACAUAUGAGCAGUGUAAACAACUCAUGAAUAGUAGCCAUGAUGUACGGUGGAAAAAUGUGAAAGUGAACUUUGAUAAUGUUGGAAUUGGUUACCUUUCCCUGCUUCAAGUUGCCACAUUUAAAGGAUGGAUGAUUAUCAUGUAUGCUGCUGUUGAUUCAGUUAAUAUAAAUUUUCAGCCCAAGUAUGAAGCAAGCCUCUACAUGUAUCUUUACUUUGUCAUCUUUAUCAUCUUUGGGUCAUUCUUCACUUUGAAUCUCUUCAUUGGUGUCAUCAUAGAUAAUUUCAAUCAACAGAAAAAAAAGCUUGGAGGCCAAGAUAUCUUUAUGACAGAGGAGCAGAAGAAAUACUACAAUGCCAUGAAAAAACUGGGGUCCAAGAAACCACAAAAGCCAAUUCCUAGACCAGGGAACAAAUUCCAAGGAUGUAUAUUUGAUAUAGUGACAAAACAAGCUUUUGAUAUUACAAUCAUGGUACUUAUAUGUCUUAACAUGGUGACUAUGAUGGUAGAAAAAGAUGAACAAAGUGAAACCAUGACCUAUGUUUUAUAUUGGAUAAAUAUGGUUUUUAUUAUAUUAUUCACUGGAGAAUGUGUGCUGAAGCUGAUCUCCCUCCGCCAUUAUUACUUCACUAUUGGAUGGAACAUUUUUGAUUUUGUGGUGGUCAUUCUAUCCAUUGUAGGUAUGUUUUUAGCUGACUUAAUAGAAAAAUAUUUUGUGUCUCCUACCCUGUUUCGUGUGAUCCGGCUUGCCAGGAUUGGCCGAAUACUUCGUCUCAUUAAAGGGGCGAAAGGAAUUCGUACACUGCUUUUUGCUUUGAUGAUGUCCCUCCCUGCUCUGUUUAACAUUGGGCUCUUGCUGUUUUUGGUCAUGUUUAUCUAUGCCAUCUUCGGAAUGUCCAAUUUUGCCUAUGUUAAAAAGGAAGAAGGAAUUAAUGACAUGUUCAACUUUGAGACCUUUGGCAACAGCAUGAUCUGCCUCUUCCAGAUUACCACAUCAGCUGGUUGGGAUGGUUUGCUUGCACCCAUUCUUAACAGUGGACCCCCAGACUGUGACCCUGAAAAAGUUCAUCCUGGAAGCUCUGUCAAAGGAGAUUGUGGCAACUCUUCUGUUGGGAUUUUCUACUUUGUCAGUUACAUCAUCAUCUCAUUCCUGGUGGUGGUAAACAUGUACAUUGCUGUAAUCCUGGAGAACUUCAGCGUUGCUACUGAAGAAAGUACAGAGCCUUUGAGUGAGGAUGACUUUGAGAUGUUCUAUGAGGUUUGGGAGAAGUUUGAUCCUGAUGCCACCCAGUUCAUCGAAUACAGUAAACUCUCUGAUUUUGCAGCUUCAUUAGAUCCUCCCCUUCAUAUAGCAAAACCUAAUAAAGUCCAGCUUGUUGCCAUGGAUCUACCCAUGGUAAAUGGGGACCGAAUUCACUGCCUAGAUAUCUUAUUUGCUUUCACAAAACGAGUGUUGGGUGAAAGUGAAGAGAUGGACACCCUUCGUUUACAGAUGGAAGAGAGAUUUGUGGCUGCAAAUCCUUCUAAAGUUUCUUUUGAACCCAUCACGACUACUCUCAAACGAAAACAAGAGGAAGUGUCUGCUACUAUUAUUCAGCGAGCAUUUAGACAUUACCGCUUAAGACAAAAUGUCAAGCACAUAUCGGGCAUAUAUAACAAAGGGGGUGAAAGAGUUGAUCUCACUAUGAAAGAAGAUAUGGUCUUUGGUAAGGUUAAUGGAAACUCAACUCCAGAGAAAACAGAUGAGGUGACUCCUUCUACCACCUCUCCACCUUCUUACGAUAGUGUGACAAAGCGGGACAAAGAAAAAUAUGAAAAGGAUAAAGCAGAAAAGGAAGACAAAGACAAAGAUGGCAGAGAAGGCAAAAAGUAAUAGAGAAUUCUGUUUUGUCAUCACUUGUUGAUUACCUGGGAAGAGACCUAUCAUGUCAAUGAAUGUGACUUUUGUAAGAGGUUUAUGCCAAACUGACUUUUUUUUUGUACCAAUAUACGCUUAAAGUCAGUGCUCCUAACAAUAUAGUGACCCUUCAUUGACUACCAGUGAUUCUGUAAAAAAGAGCAGAGAUUUUGAUAAGAGGUUUACUCUUUGCACUGUUCAUUGAUCCUGUAGCAAACAAAAGAUCUUCUCAGAAAAUAGGGACUAUUUGAUGAAGAGAGGCAGAAUCCAAGUUUUCUGCUUUGGGUCAAACAAUUGUAUUUACAAUGGUCACAAUUCUGUAAUCUUUUCACUUUUUCUUUCUUUUUGGUUUGUUAUUCAUCAUACCCACAAACAUAAACACAUUGAUGUAGGUAAUUGCUCCAAAAAAUACAUUUUCACUUAGAAAAGCAGCAAAGGGAAAAGUGUUUUGCUCUCAUUCUCUCCAACACCAGUAGUCACUAUGACUGAGAUCUUCACUUUUACACAGGGAAACCUACUGCUAACCGUGCAUAAAAGGAUUUCUCUAUUAUGAGGUGCUUCAUUUCAUUCUGUGCUGCAUCAGAAGUAGUUGUUUUCAGGCUUGUAAAAAAAGCAUUGAUAUCCCUAAAUAAGUAAGUGGAUAACUUUUAUUAAUAUAUCAACUGAACAAAGUCAUCCCAAAAGAUUUGUGCUGAAGAUCCCAUGUUUCUAUUUUUAACUCUAGUGCUGCACUAUUUACAGGUGAAAAGACAGGGGAGGUCUGCAUUAUUCACAUUCAAAUAUAAGCAAUUUAUAGAUCAAAGAAGCAAUUUUUGAGUGUUUUCUUAAUUAUUAAAAAUCAAAUGUUGCUUCAAAUGGCCCUAAAGCAAGGGUGGCCCAACUAUAAACCGAUUUGUUACAUUGUUCAUACCUUCUCCUGCAGUAUUUCUGGUCAAUCCUUCAGCUCUAAACCUCACUGAAAUAUGCUUUCUGUAAAUAGCAAUUUGAUACCAUGGUGCAUGUUGAGCAAACAGAUAAAUGACUUGGGCACAGUAUUUAUUGCCUCAAAUAUGUACUGCCUCACAUAAUUGGCAAGCUUUCAAUUGGCAACCUGUUGAGCUUUGAAUAGUAAUCAGAAAAGUAAAAUAGAAAGAUCAUUUCACUGGAAGUUUCAAGGCUUUGCUCUACCACUAAUGAACUAUGUAACCCUGACUGAGUUGCUUACCUAAUCUGAGGCUCAACAUCGUUUGAAAACGAUGAGGCUAGAUGAUUUCAGAGCUGUUCCCCAGCUAGAACAUGCUUCCACUGACUAUAUUCUCUAUUCAGGUUCAGUACAGUACCAGUAGUUUGCAGUUUACAAGAAACCCAUGUUUAUCUUACCUAUGUUGUUAUCAUGUUUCUUUUCCCUUUUGCAAGCCCUAUCAAUGGUAACUUGUACCCUGCCCCCCAUGACAUUAAGCCACAAUGAUAUAUUUUUUCUGUCUAAAGUCACUUAUCUAGGGGGGGAAUAAUUGAGGGCCACAGAAGUUUUUUGUUGUUUUUUUUGUUUUUGUUUUGUUUUUUAUAUAUUUUUUAAAGUACUAGCUCUUUAAUUUAAGAGUAAAAAAAAAAAAAAAGACUGUCUUCCAAAACCCGUGAUAAAGAUUUGCAUAGAAAUACACAUAAAGGACCAUAAAAUUUCCUUCAUAGAAAAAGAAAGAGAUACAGAAAUAUAGAAUCAUGGACUUUCAUGGAGUAACAUCCCCAAUUCCCAUGCUAUGGUUCUUUUUAGAUUGUUAUCAAUUGAAACUUUUAGACCUGUGUUAUAAUUUUUGCAGCUCUAGCAUAUAAAAUAUCAUAUAAGCCCAUGAAAUUAAUCCAGCAGAAUGUGGAUCCAACUUUUGUUUCAGCGAGUUUUAACAACAUUUUUUGAAAUAGAUACCAUGCAGUGUUUUCCGAAACUUUAUAGGGCAUUGCAUCCUGGCUUGGCCUAUUAAGAUAAAUCAAGAUGAUUUUAUAAAAUAACUUAUAAAGAUAAUAUUUUUAUCAUUUUUGUACAUUCACACUAUCCCCUUUCAUUUAUGCUCAAAAGUUCCUUCUCAUUGUUUUAAAGCCAUAUAAAUAUCUAAUUAAGAAAUUUUCAUACAGAAUAAAAAUGUUCUUUGUUUUUUUUCAUUGUCCACGUUCUUACAUUGUACCAUUUUAAUGUGAACAACUUUGAGUUGAGACUGGAACUUCAAUUCAUGUAUUUCUUGGAUGUCUCACUGGGAAAGAAAAGAUUUUAAACUCUUUCCCCUUAUUCCGUGUGUAGAAAAAUGGGUAGAUUACACAAACUUUUUGCCCCAAUAAUACAAACCAAUAAGAGGCAUGAUUGCAAAGAGGAUAAUGAGCUGGACAGAAGAGAAUAAACCAGGGCUCAAGUCCUACCUCUAAACUUUACUGGCUUUGUGACCUGAGGGGGUAACUCAACAGCUCAGUGACCCUGGUGAUUGUUUAAGACCAGAAAUUGGAGAUCAUGUGCCAAUCUUCAUUGAGGAAAUACUUCACUGGGAGCUUCCUCUGCCAAUGAAAUCACAGGUCCAUUAAAACUUUAUGUAUACACAUAGAAAUGAUAUGUAUCAUUAACAUGCAUACAUAUAUACACACAUGUAUAUAUACAUAUACAAAUAUACACAUUCAUAUCUACUUUGUAUAUUAUUUGUAUAUAUGUUUAUAUAUAAUUUGUAUAUAUAUAUGCACAUAUAUAACAGUGGACUUCUAGCGAUCAUUGACAGUCAGAGUUGAAGCUUUGGUGAUUGUAGCACAAAUAAAAGUAAAUUUACAUCAUUUUUUUUCAUUUAAACUAUUAUUUUUUAAAUGUUAACUGCCUGCAGGAGACACUGCCAUACAUAUAACCAACCUAUAUUAUCCUUAGACUAAUUUAACAAAUAAUUGUGACAUCUUCAUGAAAUUUUCUUAUUUGUUUUUAUUUUUGUUAAGAUCAACAUAACAAAAGGAGCUACUGUAUAUAACAAAGUAACUUCAAAUGGAAAGCAAACUGCUUUGCAGAAUGAGGCUAUUUUAGAGCAUCUAUCUGAAUAUAAGGCUAAGAUGAAAGUGAGUGAAGCUGACUUAUUCUUCAUGACUGACAUAAUUUAGGCAAGGAAACUGAUGAUCGUGGUUCUCUCCCUAAUGGAUGUGUGUCAACUCCUACUCUCACAACCACAUCUAAUAAAUUAGUAUCUUUUUAUUGCUUUUAUUAAAGUAAGUAAAGGUGAAAAUGAACUAGAAAAAGGACAUUAAAAAAGAACACUAAAUGGAACUGAAAUAAGAUCCAGCUAGAAUAGAAGGCCAAAUGAUAUCUUGGGAUCAAUAAAUAGAGCAAAAAGAUUCAGAAGUAUCAACAUAUUCAUUUCAUGUAGGCAUUAUUGUUUACUCCCUUUAUUGUUCUACUAUAAAAUUGUGGGGACAAACAAUGAUGAAAAAUAGUUUCAUGAAAGUGAUAAAAUGACCAUGAAUAUAAAAUAUAACUUUUCUGUACUGUUUAUUUAGAAUUAUGAAAUUUUCAAUUCCCUAGAUCUUGGAAAAAAAAAAGGAGUUUGUCAUCAAUAGCAUAAUAAGCCAAUUGUAUUUGGUCUAACACAUUGUAAUAGAAAGUGAGAAUAAAAACCAUUAGAAAAAUUAAGUCAUUUGUGUAUAAAUGUGUCUUCUCUUCUACCAAAAGUGAUUAUAAUUCUCAUC